AUGGCAGCGGCGGUGGCAUCUCGGGAGGAAGCAAGCAAGCGAGAGGCGGCCAAGGUUGAGGAAGAGGAGGGAGCAGAAGGACAGCAGGCCGCCGCCGCCACCACGGCGUUGUCCGAGGAGCAGCUGCUGCGUCGUCGACGCCACCUUCGGGUGCGCGUCGACGACCAUGUGCUCAGGACCUCGCUGCUCUACAUAUGCGGUUCCUGCCUGAUACUCAUCAUUGUCUUCCUCACGCUGCUGCCCGGUGCUCUGCUCAACUACCUCCGACGCGUCAACUUCCUCAAGGACGUGGUGGCGUCGGACAUCGAGAUGGACAGCGAGGUGGCGUUCCUGGCGUCAGCGCGCGGCGGCCGCGCUGCGUUCCUAGACAGCGGGAACCCUGCCGUGUUUUGCCAUCUGAACCUGAGCGCCUUCUCGAGGCCCGGCAAUUACCGGUACACGGUGCACGACGUGCCGGCCAACGUGUGCACGCACGUGGUGUUCCCGCUGCACGGCCUGGAGGACUGGUUCGACGACAUGCUCAACUACGACGCCUACCAGCGGGCCCAGCACCCGACCCUGUACGGGAGCAUGGAGUACCUCAAGAAGAAGAAGGCCAUGCAGGUGCUGGUGUACGUCGACGCCGAGCAGGACCAGCACGGGCGUCGUCACAUACUCGACUGGAUCAGCAGUGACAUGAGCAGCGACCUGCUCUCCAUGGUGUUCGCGCGAAACCUGGUCAAGUGGCUGCUUUCGAACCAGCUUCACGGGCUCGUGGUCGAGGGCAUGUUCCCCGUGCCGGAGCCCGAUCGUGCCGUCAUGGUCCGGCUGCUCAAGAAGAUGCACACGCUGUUCAAGCAGGCCAACCUGAUUCUCGUGGCCGUGGUGGAAGAGCAUUCCGCCCUGAUGCACCGGAAGGCGUUCGGCAAGCGGCUGAAGCCGUUCGUCGACUUCCUCGUCAUCCGGAACAGGAAGCAGCACAAAGCGUUCUUCCACCAGGUCCUGGAAGGCCUUCCGGAGGCACCCGCAGCCGUCACCUCGGAGGCCGGCCUGUCGCUGGACACGAUUCGCCAGGCGAUUCUUUCUGGGCUGCCCGCUAGGAAACUGCUCGUCUCUCUCGAGAUGGACGUAGCCACGUUGCGCGUCGAAUCGAACAAGACGUUGCCCGGACACGAGGGGCCAUUGACCAACACGCCAGGACGGCUGGCGUACUUCGAAGUGUGCACCCUAUUCAAGGACGACACCUGGAGCAACGCGAACGUGACAGAACUGGGCAAUCCGGUGGCCCUAAAAGAGAACGAAGCCGUGAGCUACGAGAAUGCGGACAGCGUUCAUCGCAAGGCGGCCAUGGUCCGCAACUACACGCUCGGAGGCAUCAUGCUGUGGGACGUCACCAGCGACGACUACAGAGGAGUCUGCGGCGUGGUGAACCCGCUCAGCGGAGCCGUUAGCGCCGUGAUGGCGGGCGCUUAAGUCAGUUUCCUUGGCAACCGCAACAACACGUGCAGAGCCUCUGGUUGGAAGCUUCAGCUCUCACGUGAUGCGGGUACUGCAGCCGUGACUUUCGUCGUAUGCCACUACGCUGGCAGCACAGAUACGACACAAGGUGCUAAGCACGCAUGGAGGCUGAUGCGAACACAAGCGGUCAUGUGUGGAGGGCUGACAAAACUCACUCCGGGAAGCUGGCUGAAAAUGUUUAUUUCUUCUUGUUGUCUAAUGUACUAGAAAACGUAGGGUCAAUUCGCCAAUAUCGCUGCCUUGAAGGCCUUAAUUGCUCUCUGAAAGCCUGUCUGAGCCGUAAAGCAGAAAGUGUUCUAGUUCUAUGGUGUGCGUAGAAUACACAGAAAGAGCAGAUGUGUAGUGCCUUGUUAGUCUUGGGGGAUAUUUCUGUCGUGAAUUCUGCGAGAAGGCAGGACUCGGCACGAA